GGGCUGGUGGUAGCGGCUCGGGGAGGUUCUCGCUCCGUCCGUCUCGCUCCGUCUCUCGCUUCCCCCCCGGCUCCCUUCGGGACCCCCCCUCCCCGGUCGCCGGCGUGUGGCGGAGUGUGUGCGAGGGCGGGGGCGGGCGUCCGGGGGGCGGGGGCGGGCGCCGCGGCCCCCGGGACGGCGGCCGAGGGAGGCGCCGGCGGCGAGGGACUCCGCGGCGCCAUGGACGUCGAGAGGCUGCAGGAGGCGCUGAAAGAUUUUGAGAAGAGAGGGAAAAAGGAAGUUUGUCCUGUCCUGGAUCAGUUUCUCUGUCAUGUAGCCAAAACUGGUGAAACAAUGAUCCAGUGGUCCCAGUUCAAAGGCUAUUUUAUUUUUAAACUGGAGAAAGUGAUGGAUGAUUUCAGAACUUCAGCUCCUGAGCCAAGAGGUCCUCCCAAUCCUAAUGUUGAAUAUAUUCCCUUUGAUGAAAUGAAGGAAAGAAUACUGAAAAUUGUCACUGGAUUUAAUGGUAUCCCUUUUACUAUUCAACGACUAUGUGAAUUGCUAACAGAUCCAAGAAGAAAUUAUACAGGAACAGACAAAUUUCUCAGAGGAGUAGAAAAGAAUGUGAUGGUUGUUAGCUGUGUUUGUCCUUCUUCAGAGAAAAACAAUUCUAAUAGUUUAAACAGAAUGAAUGGUGUUAUGUUUCCUGGAAGCUCUCCAAACUAUACUGACAGGUCUAAUAUAAAUGGGCCUGGGACACCCAGGCCACUUAAUCGACCAAAGCUUUCUUUGUCAGCCCCCUUGACAACAAAUGGUUUGCCUGAGAGCACAGAUAGCAGAGAGUCAGACCUGCAGCAAAGUGAAGAGAAAGCCCACAGUGAUUCUCCAGCAUCUGAACCAGAAGUUUCCUCAAUGAGCCCUGUUAAAAAUAAACAUCCAGAUGAAGAUGCUUCAGAAGCUGAGGAGCAUGAGGUGAAAAGACUGAGGUUUGACAAAGAAGGUGAAGUCCGAGAGACAGCUGGUCACACAGUGUCCAGUGAAGGCUCCUCAGUUAGGGCAGAGGAAACGGAGGUAGCGUCUUCCCCUCCGGAGAAGGACAGAGACAGUCGAACUAGGCAGCACUGUACAGAAGAGGACGAUGAGGAAGAAGAGGAGGAAGAAGAAUCUUUUAUGACACCAAGAGAAAUGAUCCCAGAAAAAAAAAAUCAAGAAAAAGAAUCUGAUGACGCCUUAACUGUGAAUGAAGAGACUUCAGAGGAGAGUAAUCAGAUGGAGGAUUCUACUAGGUCUCCAACUCAGAAAGAGUCCCAUGCAGAAAGGAGUGAAAGUACAGGGGCUGUGAGUAGUUCUGACUGCCGUGACACAGAAGAGUCAGGAGGGUCCCCCUCCAGUAAAACUGGAGAAAGUGUGUCAGAGGCAUCCAUGGAAAAUGAUGACACCACAGACGUCACAGACGAACCAAUGGAACAAGACUAACUAUUUAGAAACACUUAGAGGCAGUAUUUUACAUACAGUUCUGGUUUUACACUGUAUAAAACUUUUAAGUAAUAAAUAAAGUGGACCUUUAGUUUUACAAGAGAAACAGGCUGUAAAAUAAAGAACCUUAAGAAUAAACCCCGAGAGAGUUGUACAUGGAAGAGCUGUGAACACCGGCUCCUCUGGGUCCCGCUUAUUGCUGAUUUUCUUGUUUUGUUUGGGUUUCUGUUUGGUUUUUCCUGGUGUACUCAAAUCAGUGGUUUGUGUAUAGAUUUUUUUUUUUUUAAUUUAGAAUUAAAGUUUUUAAACUGGAAGAUAAUUAUAAUUUUGAAAACUUUUUGAAGGUGAUGACAUUUGGUUUAUACAUACACAAGGAAGAUUUUUGUCUUGUCUCUAGUGGUUUCCAUAUUUUUUGGUAAUAGUUUAAAACAUGUUAACAUGUGAAUUACAUAGGGUUUCAUGUGGUUUCAGAUUUUUAUUGUUUGACUGUACAAUGGAACUUUAAGUCAUAUAUACAUAUAUAGAUUAUCCUAAGGGGGAAUGUUCUAUUUUUCUGUUUCUAUAAGAGAUGAAUACAGUGGAUACUUUUUUAUUGGUGAUGACUGAGUUCACUUCUUUCAGAAGACAUUUUGUUUCUCUUCUGAGUAAUUGAGAUACAAUCUGGCCCCUGUGAAACCCUGGAAAUCUUAAGUAUGUUGAAAUACCAGGUUAAACACAUUCCAAGAGAUCUGUGCAAAUUAUACUUCUAAGGUGCCUGAGGGAAAAAAAAAAAAGACUUCAUUAUUUAUGAGAAAAUGUGCUUUAUCUUGGGAGUUUUGUUGAAGCAUUAGCUCACGGUUAGUAUGAGCACUUACAGCCUACUAUGAAACCAUCUCAGAAGAGCCUGUAGGUCUCAUGAUGCUUGGUUGCUUUUCUGAACAUUGUGAACAUUACGCCUUUCUUUUUGAAUUAUGCCAUAUUCACAUGGCACUGGUGGGAGACAUCACGUACCGGAAGAAUUAGAGAUUACUUCAGUAAGGCACCUGAGCUAAAGUGACUAAAGCUUUAGGGGCACACGGAAACCACCAUGGUUUGUAUAACAGUUUGAAGGGAAUUAACAUUUUUGAACAUGCUUCUGCGACAGCCAGUGUUAUAUUUUUCAGAUCAACACAAAGCACAAUGGUUACUAUUCUAAACUCAAUGUUUUCAAAUUCACAUAUUUAAAGUCAUGCAAGCUGCAACUUCCCUGUCAAAAUUACUGGCUGCCAAAUUUAUACUUGUUUCUUCAGCUGUACUUUUUGAUAUUUAGAAUUUUUAAAUUUCUGUAAAGUAGAUUUUGUAGACUGUAAUGUGUUCACUGCCUUUGUGAAGCGGUAUAUAAUUGUAUAAUUUCGUGUGUAACUGAAUGCUUGGGCUUUCAAUACAGUAUUCAUAUAAAGCAAUAAAAAUGUUAUGAAAUAUUUGAGUACAUUUUUAUCAAAAUACAGAAGAAUCCCUUUUUUAGUUUCAGAUACCUGAAGUACACAGAUGGACUAUAAUAUCUGAUGCAAACAGUUUCUCACACUGUAUCAUAAGCUUUGGUGAUUCGGAGGGAAACCUGGUUUCCAUUUUGACUACUUAGACAUUAUUCUGGCUAGAAACAAGAUAUGCAGCUUCGUUUGUUCAUAAGGUAAUAUACUACUGAUUGACGACCUUCGGGUUUACAGCAGCUAGAUGAUGUAUUUAUGAAUCUGUCAGAUAAAAUUGAAUGUUGGUUUCCUGCUCCCAAGAAGGGUGGAAAUCAAACAUAACCUUUAAAAAUUUUUGGCAAAAAUGUUAAAAUGAAGCAAAUUUCCAGUGUGACUUUUAUUUGUAGUGACCCGUUACUCUAUUUAGUUGAGGGAUUGCCAGUGAGAGCAAAUUUUAAACAUUUUACGUUUAGAAAAUUUGAGGUUUUCCUUAGGGUAUUUAUGAGAUUGUUGUCAAUAAACCUGUUCUCUAAGCUCCUGUGACCUUUGAUAGUCUUUAUUUAUGGUGCCAUGGACCAUUUGCAGAUGAAUCAGUUUGCUGCUGGUUAAAAGUUAAAGAUUUAGCAUCAUGAAUGGAGGUCUGUGGUUUUAUUUGUACACUUGCAACUUACUAUCUUUGCAAGGGGAACUGUAUUUCUUUAUUAAAUAAAGUAAAAUUAAUAAUGGUGAAUGUACCAAAAUGACAUCACUCAAUUCUAUGAGAGGUCUGCAUUUUAAUCUAUAGUUUAAUAGUUUUAAUAUUUAUUAGCUAUUCCUAUGUUGAUCAUAGAAGAAAGUUGUUGCUGUUUAUACAGAUACAUGUAGGAUACUGGUGGAGGCUCUCUAGGGCAGUGCAAUACUUCUCACAUUGUGAAACCAUGUUCAACCUGGCUGUAGACUCAUUGGCCCCUUGAAGUCCAUUUCCACAAGUAUUGUUAGAUGAACUUAAAAGAGACAUCAUGCAAGGGACGCAUCAGUACUAACACAAACUGAGUCAUUUGUUAAUGUUGAAAAGGCAAGUUCUAUGUACAUUUUCUUAAUGACCCUGCAGAGUCAUGGGAAGAUUGAAGGGAGAGUCAAGACUUUGGUGGCUGAAGUAGCUGGCCCUUUGAUGUUGAAUAGAUUCUUAACUCUUUCUCCAUCCCUACCGGACAUGGAAGAAUUGAGUGAUGCUGAUGAGAAAAGUAUACCUGUGUCAUGUUUUUUGCCACCUUUUCCUUUUAAAUAAAAGUUUUGAAAACACA